GAUCGCGUGGUGAUUUAACAAAAUUAAGAUCAAAUUCAACAAAAUUCUCGUUUCGUUUUUUAUAUAUUUAUAUAUUCAAAUAUGGAGAAUAUGCAGAUAGAAGUUUCUCCGCGAACUGUUCUACGGAUUCAGCGUGAUCCUUCCGUGCUCCAACAUUUAUUGGAACAAUCUAAUUUGAUGUGUGUCAAUCAAGAUCCGUCGGAAAUAACUACGCAGGAAACAGAGGUAGCUUCGCCGAUUAUUUUCCAGGAAACAAUUGCUAACGUAGGCGGAUCAUCAGAUUCGUUGAUCGAAUACGAUGCAUACGAAGGAACGUCCCAAAGGAACGUGGCAGAAAAACCAACAUGGGAUGAAGCUGCUGUGAAGCUUCUAAUCUCCUCGGUCGAAGAAAUUCGCCCAUCGGUCGGUAAAGCAAAUAAAUAUAAGACUAAGCAAAAGAUGUGGCAGGAAAUACAAGAGAGGCUGCAAAGUUACGGCUACGGUUUCACCACUAAACAAAUUUCCAAUAAAUUUUUAAAGCUGGAGCAAUCAUAUAAGCAAACAAAAGACCAUAACUCAAAAACUGGACGAGAUCGUCGGUCCUGUCCUUAUGAGAAGGAGCUAGAUGGUAUGCUAAAAAAUACAGCUGCUGUUAACGCCUUUCACACAGUUGACGCCUCUGGUACAAUAAACAUGGAGAAUUUGGAUCCCGAAUGCAGCAAUGACAAGCCAGGUACAUCAAGAAACACAAACGAAGAUCUCGACACUCAAAAGGAAAGGUCUAGACGGAAUCGUAAAGACGAUAUAGUGAAUGAGUUGCGCCAUAUCAGAGAAUCCAACGAAGCAUUCCAAGAUAAAGUUCUGGAAAUUAUUGAAAAUGCAGAACAACAGAAAAUUAAUGCAAUGGAGGCACGGAAUGCGCUCUUUGAAAAAUUUAUUAAUAAGCUGUAAUUAGAUGUAACAAAAACAUGUGUUCUACUACAGUGUUUUCGCUGGUUGGUCACUUUUUAACUGAACCGCUUUUUAGUUGAGCCUCCGCUAGUAAAAGCAUAUGAAUGUAAAAUUUCGUAUCAAAUUCAAUUUGACAAGCUGACACUAGUUAGAGAUGUUAACGAAUCGAAUUCGUUAGUUGGACAGAGGCUGUGGCCCAACCAGCAAAUCACGACUGUAUUACUUAAGUGUCUUGACUAAAUUCUUAUCUUUAUCGAAAUAAAUA